GUCAUUUCAGUGUCUUGUGCGCAUGUGCAGAUCGUCUGAGCGUUGCUGUGCAGGGAGCUCCCUUGGUUCAUUCACAGAUCUUUGGUGCAGCAACGCAGCAGCGCGGUGAGAAAGGGCGCUUGAGUGUAAUCAGCGGCAGCAGCAGCGACCCAGCAGAAAUGUCGGAAAGUGGGAGUCAGGAACCCGCCGGUGCCGCGGUCCCCAGCAACGGCAGCGGCAGCCCGACCAAACGGGCUCCCGUACCGUCCGUCGGCAACAGGGUGACCGUGGUGCUCGGGGCUCAGUGGGGCGACGAGGGGAAAGGAAAAGUUGUGGAUCUCCUGGCACAAGACGCGGAUAUGGUGUGCAGAUGUCAGGUUGGUUAGCCCAUCACGCUGCAUUCACUGGUCCCGCGUUCACUACAGGUUAAGCUAGUUAGUGGAAACGCUGCAGCUAGGUAACAGCGGCUCGUGAGCUCACACGAGUCAACUAUCCAUGACAGCCUCGCGGCUAUUUGUUAGCUGUCCGACAUCUCGGUGUGUUGAAUCAAGUGUUUUUGCUAAAGUCACCUUGAAUUUCUGCUAGCUGCUUAGCUCCUCGUCAGAGACAUUUAUUGAUGAUUUGUCUCCCGUCGCGUGCACAUGACAAGGAAACGUCAACAGCCAAACAGAGUGGGCAGGUGACCAUCACCUCAGAGCCGGCUGGGCGUCUCGAGGCGCCGUCAGUGCUCCAAAGACACACCGUUAAAGUCAUGAACAGGAGUGAAGGUCCUAGCAGCAGGUUAGGAGUCAUAACUGAUGAAUUUAAUGACAGUAGAGAGGUGAUGGUAGUGUUUUAUUGUCAUAUCUAGGGGUUGUGGUUAUUGUAGUUUCCUGUUUGUGGUGCUUUUUUCUUGGACUGGAGCACAACGAUUAAAUUGUUUUAGCUGAACUGAAUGAACAGGAAAUGUCUGCAAAUUCCCUGAUGUCAAAUAUGACAACAUGGGAUAUGCAGUAUUUCAGGUUUUUGUGUAUCUUUUCAUUCAUCUGCUCAUGGAUUUUGUGUUUUCUUGCAAACUUGUGUUGUCCAGAUCCAGCACAGAUAGGGGAGAGUGGGGUAAGUUGAGCCAAAGGGUAAGUUGAGCCACCCCCUGUUGCUUUGAAAUGGUAAAAGAAAUUGGUCAUGUGACCAAAUAUUUAGGAGAUGGGCAUCAAUUCAUGGAGUCUGUGAAGGUUGAAGGCACACGGGUGACAGGGUUAGACAUUAAUUAAAAACAAAAAAAAAACAUUUUUCACUCUUGAAAGUAAAUUUAUGUUGUGUUCACGCCUAAAGGUCCGUUUCCUGAUUCGAAUCCAAGGCAAGAUGAUACAUAUGUGUCGAUUGUUUAACUGGUCAGGUUUGCGUUCACAAAGGUUAAACUCAACUGCUCCAGAAAACGGAACCAGAAGUCACAAAUAUUGUUCGGUUAUUGCUCAUGUGUUUAUGCAGGAAUACAAACGCCAACCUUCUGUCUUCGCCUGUCAUGGAGCAUCGUCGGCUGAUUUUGCUUUUGCUACUCAUCUGGAGCACGUAUCUAAAGACGCUAGUCGAUCGUGUGUAUGAACGGCUUGUUAGCCAGCGAGCGCGAACUGCGGCAUUAAUUAAUACAUUCCGGAGUAAACGUGCUGCAAACAACAGACAGAUAGAGACGAGACGGCGACAUGCAUCAAUGAGAGCCUACCACGAUUCCUGUGAUUGGUGUGGAUGACGUUCACACCAGAAAUGAUCCACUCCAGAUUUUACUUGAUAGCGGUCCGAGACCACCUCUUCAGGCGGACCAAAACUAUGAUUGCUUUGAUGUAGUGAUCCGAAAUACGAAAAAUGGCUCAUCUUACCCCACUCUCCCCUACAGAUAUACCAAACACUGGCUCAGCUGAUACAAAACAGUGAAUACCAGACUUUUCUUAGGUAAAAAGCAACAAAUCAUAGCCUACAAAUGUAGCUGAAACUUAUUGAGUGCCAGGCUUGAGGGGUGCUGUGUAGAAGUUGAGUUGAGUCCAGGUCAGCCCCAGGAUAGUACUUUGUGUUGAAUUUGCAUGCACUGUGUUUUGCACAACAGGUGGAUAGAGACUCUAGAAUGUCAUGAGUGGUUGUGUCUCUUAAACCACUUCUAUUACAAGAACGCUCAAGUCCUGCCAGCCAACAGAAGACACGUACAAUGUAGUCCUGGUCUUUAGUGUAACCGUGUGAGCUGUGCAGUUGGUGAACCUGUCUGUCUGGACCUGAAACACUGAUGUGUUUUGGUAUCAGUGAUUGUCUGGGCAACAGAACAAUUCAGAAGUUAAGUUUGGCUGAGUGUAAGGAGUACAGUAUUGUGGAGAGGUGUACUUCCUGCUUCUGUGGAAAACACUUCAAACCUUUGCAGCUCAUAGUAGUGUUUGUUGACAGUUUUCCUGCCCUGGAGCACGAAGCAAAAAAUUCUCCGUACUCAGGAAAUACAGCAGAUCUGCACUAAUGUAAAGGGGCAGAGAAAGAAAACUGAGAUGCUGUAGUAUAACUUCCUCUUAUUUUAAGGUCUGAGGAAUCUUGGCUGUGCAGUAUUCUGUUAAAUCUACUCCUCUGGGGGAAAUGUCCAAAGUUUAUCACUGUUAUUGACAUACAAUUUAACCUAAUCCUCUUUCCUGAUAGUUUGACUGCCUGGCUCAAAAUUACAUCAGGCUGAUGGAUCAAAAAGUCAAUUGAAUUGAUGAGUCCAAAGAAAUAAACCAAGUCUUUUCCCAGCAUCAAACACUGUCAUAUUUCAGGUAUUUAAGACCGAUGGUUUGCUUUCUCUAAAUGCUAGAAAAUUUUGCUUUCAGAUCUUGUUCAAGCUCUGUCGAGUUCAGGUGUCCUUUGGGUGUUUGUCCCGAUAACAAGUUGACAUAACAGGGAUUCUUCUGACCCUCUGAGUGUUGCUCCUGCAGUCCUGCCAUGGCAGGACACGUGUAAAAAUAAACCCCUCUCUGGCAGUGGUCCUCCUGCACCACGUCCCCUGCAUACAUUAUGUUGGGUGUGGGUGUGUUCGUGUGUGUGUGGGUGUGGGUGUGUGUUGAAAUGCUGAGCAGAUAGUGUUGAUCUUAUUUUUAAAAAAGCCUCGCCAGCAGUCUGUCUGGUGUUCCUAGAAGUCACGCUGGGGGUUAAGCGAAAGGGAAGAAGGGUGUGUAGCUGAGAGUUGUACUACCAGUUAACCAUCUAAUGACUGAUAACAGUCUUUAUGGUGUAUUGUGUUUUGGCGUGAUUAUUUUAUGUUUCCUGGGAGAAAUGACCCAGAUAAAGUUCCAGUCAUCUGUACUGAUAAAAAAUGAACAAAAGUUGUUGCUGCCUGUUAAGUUACAGUUAAUAAUUCAGUUGGAAGGGUGAUUUAGAGCCAGCUCUGCUGUUUUAAAUCAGAUGUCUUACACGUUUAAUGAGUUAUAGAGUCCAGGACUAAAGAAAUCCAAGAACCAGUUUAGGUUGAAGAAAAAAGUGAUAAACUCUCUGAUGUUGUUAGGUUUACUGAAGUAAAAAUGCAAGAAAUAGUUCUGGUCUGUACAUUCAUAGCGCGAAAAAAAAAAUCAUUUUGUACCAGCUCUCAAGGCUUACUAUGUCUUUAUUCUGGUUGGAGAUUACAGUAAUAUCUGCGAGGGACUAAAGACCUCGAAAACUGGAGCUCACCAAGAAGCACAUCACAUUUUCUGUCCGACAAAGUGACUUUAUGAGGAACUGAACUGGGCUCAUACUUUUGGUUUAGUCAAUCACUCGGUGUAUCUCAGCAUGAUCUCUUUGUUUAUGAUUUCAGUUUGACACACAAACCAAGCACAGAGUCACUGCACUUGCUUGGACUGGUAAAGAGAUGUUUACAGGGCUUGGUUUUGCUAACAGAAACUAUUGUGUUUUCUGGCCCCUCCUCUGGAAAUUUGACAGACGCAGAUCUAGUGUACAAAAUCUUUAAAUGGUCAUAUGCACCCUAUAUGUGGUUUAUGGAAGACACACCUGGGCAACUACAUCACCUACAGAUCCAACAAACAGAGGAGACUGACACAGGUACCCCUGGUUUCCUCUUGAACAGCCUUCAAAAGUAGCAGGUGGCUGGCUUUGACUCAAGACCUUUGACCGACUCAAGAGAUGGUGUCUUAACUCACCAUGGCACCUUACCGAUCAUAUACACAGCUAUUAAACACUUGCUGUGUCUUAUUCCAAAUUUUACUGUGAUACAAAAAAUGUCUGAUAAUUAUUUGUUCUUUUUCAGAUUCUUGCUGAAACCUUUUAAAAUAUUUAGCUGACAGUUUCAAUUACUGAUUUUUAGACUGAAGUGCUUUGGACUAAAACAUUUUCUGGUUCCAGCCUCUAAAUGAUAUGACUGUGAACUGAAAUCUAAUUUUCAUUUUAACAUAAUCUGAUUAGAAUUUGGCAAUAAGAGGUCAAGGUUCCUGAGAAUUCAUACUCAGAUUAUUAUGCUGUUACUCAAACUGCAAAUAAGAAGUUAUGAGGUCAAAAUGUUUUAUAACCAAAGGUCAGUAUGACCUACUCUAUAUUUUAUCACCCUGGUUUGGUUUCUGAAGAGCAACAUGCAGUGUAAUGACAGUGGAAAACAUUGUAGUAAGUGCUGACUCCAAAUCGAAACACCUGCACAGAGGUAGAGUCAAGGCAAUGGACUUUCAGCCUCGUAAACAGCCACAGCAUGACCCCUUACAACUCAAACUAGGGAUUGUCUUAGAUUUCGAGCCAGCCUCAAGUGGACACUUUAGGAACUACGUUUUUUGCGUUUUUUCCUUUUUUUUUUUUUUUAUUUCAUUUUUCAACACUUAAGAUUUCUGAUUGUUGUGUCACAUUAUUAUUAUUUUUUUCCAUAUUUCAUCGAUAAACUCACUUUUUAAUGAGUUGAAGAAAGAGUAGAGGCAGGUGAGGGCAUCUGUGAUCAGUUAUUGUAAGAGCCUGUGUUUUUUCUGUAUUGUACCUGUUCUUGCUGCAGUCUCAAGAGUCUACUGACAAUCACGUGAUCUUCUGAAAAAAGCUUAUGGUCUCACAUCCCUGUAGGGAUGUAGACCAACCUGUAUGUUUAUUAUAGGACUGCAAUCUAUAUUUUCUUCCUGAUUUUUCUUUAUUUAGACGGUCAGCUGGUUAGUUCGCCCAUCUUUGAAGACUAAAAGAUAUAUCAGCUGUAACAGAAUCUGAUGACUGCCCUUUCAAACCAAAGCAGUGGGUUGUUAGACCUGUUUUUAACCUCAGGUCAGGAGCAGGGUCACAGGUCCAGAUCAGGUAACACAUGUUGACUCAUUAGCACCAACAUUUACUUCAAGGAUUUUUUAGACUGUUACUUUAUUGUUAGUAAAGUAAAAGAUGAACCUUCAUCAGCGUACUUACCACAUCCCACUGUUUUAUAAUUUUUCUACAGUUCAUUUCAUUCAGGCCAAAUUUCCAAUAUCGAAUUCUCUUUAUCUUUGGAACUUCAUUUGCGUUAACUGAACUUCUCAAAAACAGAAAAGGUUAGAUUGAUAAAUAGAAGUAAAAGACUUGAUUGAAAUUAUACAAGAAAUAUUCCAUUUUAGGUACACAACAUUUCAGCAUCCACAGUACCAUGGCAAACUGAGAAGCAAAUACACCCAUGUUGAAUUUACAGUAUAAUUGUAUAUUGCACUAAAGACAUUGUGUAAUACACAAACAUGUACAGAAAAUACACAUAAUGUAUACACACAGUUAGCAAAAGAUUGUUUUUGCAAAUAUUUCCAGAGGCAUGGAAAGGAUCGUCAAUUUCCAGCAAAAUCCCUAAAUAAACCAUAUGUAAUUUUUGGUCAAUAUCGCUGACCUCGAGACUUGAUGUAUAAAUAUGAGACAAUAUUAAAAACAGCAGUAUUAAAAUGACAGCAGACAAAGAAUUAGUUUGUUCCCCUGGAUUUUAUUGGUUUAUCGUGGGUCUAUGUGGGAAUCAAUGCUAGUUUCUGCGGGGGGUGGCAUUGAAUCGUAAAUGCUUUAAAAGGAGAGGCAUCUACCUCCCCCCAUCUGUUCUGCUUCUCCACCUUCAGGGUGCUGCUGUGUCCAGGAAUAACCCUGUGUGGUUGAAGCACAUGUUGGGCUUGAUUUAUACCCAAAGGCCACAGCAUUAGGAACAUAUUGUCGUGUCAGGAUGGACCAGAGUUCAAUUUGCACCUCAGGAAGUGAGAAUGAUGUUUUCUUUCCUGUCACAGCCAAUGUUAUCAUGCUGUUUUACGUCAAAGCAGCGAGGUAUAACCUCUUUAGCAGUGGGGCAUAAAGCAGAGAAGAGUGACACAGGUUGUGUUUGUGAUGUCUUCACGAACAGAACUCAUGGCCUCAUUUUUCUUCUUUUAAAUCAUGUGAUAGUCAGAACUCGAGGCCCAAGUUCACAGAUAUUGCCUUCUCUUAUUCCUUACACAUUAAAUAAUGUCCAUUUUGAUCAACCAAUCAGAGUAGCUGGAUUCUGUGCAGGACUUCUUUGCUUAUAGAUAAUAAAUCUGGUUGUUUAUUCUUUUCUAUCCUAAUUAAGAUGCAACCCCAAUUUCAAAACAAAUGGUUUUCUUGUUAAUAAAGAUUGAUUAAAAGGUUUUUCAUGUCCAUGGCAAAGAUAGCUUACACACUUUGGAUACUUGCUGCUUUGUCAGGAAAGACCCUGCAUAUUUUAGUAGAAGCAAAUGCCACACCACACACGCUACAACCAUAUAAAACACAUAUUUUGCAUGUGUUAGAACAGCACAGCCCCACAGCAGAAGAGUCAGAGUGUUAAACAGACCUGCCUCUAAGAUCAGGAGAAAAUGGGACAUAUCUCAUUUUUAAAACUCCAGAAACUAAAUUUUUUAGGCUUCAAAUGUUUACAAAGCAUUAAAAAAAAGAUGUGAUGAAGCAUAUUUUCUUAAAGCAAUCAAGAUUUUCAACUUUUGCAUUUAAUUUGUUGUCUUUGUGAUGCUUUUAAUCAAAGAUCAGGUGGAUAUGAUUUGCAAACUGUCAAAUCCUGUUUUUGUUAUUUUACACAGAAUCACAAUAUUUUGGUUUUUAGAACCCCAAUGCAUGAAAGUUGAGCUGCUGGGUUACAUGUUCACAUAAACCAUUUAUGGGUAAAUGUCAGCUGAUUUCAUCGAUGAACAAUAUAGCUGUGGGGUAUUCCUGUGAUGAAACAUGCAAAAUACCUCACGUGCAAAAAAUGACGUUCUUGAAAACUGGGUGAGUCAGACUUUUACUACUUGUACAAACAAGCCUCACAGGAAGAAAAAAAAGUUUCAAGUAGUCCCAUCUACUGCCUGGGCUUUGAUUUGUUUUUGACCUAUCUAAUUGUUGCACAGGCUGGUUUUUAAAGCAACAAACCUAUACGUACGUUAAUCUUCCAGCUGAAUAUCUGUUGUGUUGUGUGGAAGUUUUUGGGAGCAGCAUGAGUUGACAGUACAUGGUUUUGAGUACAGGGACUUGAAGAGUAUUUACAUAUUAUAUAAUCCACAGUAUCAACAAUCUGUUGAACAUGUUUAUUGCUGACAGAUUUGUCUGUGAGUUUACUCUCCUGUCCCCUCUUCCACGGUGAGCGAGAGUCUCUAAGCAACAGCACACAUACUAACACAAAGUAGCCGGUGGUUUAUGUACAAUGCUUGUUGCUACUCGCCAAACUAUUCGGCCAGCCUUCCAGCUCUGACUUUGUUUGUCUCACUUUGUCUGUUUGACUCUGUCUUGUCUCUGCAGGGCGGCAACAACGCAGGACACACAGUAGUGGUAGACUCAGUGGAGUACGACUUUCACCUCCUCCCCAGCGGCAUCAUCAACCCUAAGGUCACCGCCUUCAUUGGUGUGUACAGCACACGGAUAUAUGCACACAAAAGUACUCAGUGUCAUGCUUUUUACUGUUUGUGCAAUCAAAUUUGACACACACACACACACACUCUUUACUCAGACAUAAUCACGUACAGACACUCAUUUCAAGGCCAAGCUUUGCUAUAUUCUUGAUGAACUGAUCGGAUCUGCUAUUAGCUUGGCAUUCAUCAUCCCUGGAGUAACAGCCCCCAUUCUGAAGACUGCUACAGUGAGUGUGAUCAGCUUGACAUAAAGCCAGACUGCGGGCCAUAUCCACUUCUCUGCAGUAAUUUCAUUAGCUGAUGGUGUUGCCACGCCCUUCAAAUCUCCCAACAUGACACCCAUAUAUGUACGGGUGCAUUAUCUCUGUCGAUAUAUGAUCAAGUCUUCACUUACUUCCAUCUUUGAUGCAUUAUUUUCAUGCUCAGUCUGUGCAGCUUAAGGAUGUAAUGGAUUCCCUCUCUAUGUGGUGGAUGUGCUGUUUGUGUAGCCUGUUGUCUGCAUCAGAGCAUUUGGUCUGUACAUUAUAGACGAUGUCAGCAUCCAUCUGUGCAUUAGCAUGGACCUGCAACAGAUGACAACACAAUGUGCUGAUAGUACGACCACUCUGGAUUCACAGAUCGCUGACACAUUCAAGUCCUUCAUGAUAUACAGUAAUAUCAUCCUCCUCACAUACUUCUACAAGGAGUCAUGUUGGUCUGUCGGCUUGUUCACUCCUUUGGUAUGGACUCAAAUAUCUCACCAGCAGUUGCAUAGAGUGGGACAGCAGUCAUGGUUCAAAGAGGAUGCAUCCUACCAAACUUUUUCCCUUUCCGCCACAUGAGGUCUGAGGUCAUGAGGUUACCUGCUGCAUAGUUUUUGUGUGACAAAAUAGCAUACAGAUCAUUUUAAUUCCUAGUGUUUUACUGUUGAAUCUUCUUGGACUCAGUAGAGUAGUGUUUUUGUUUACUUUACUGUGACUCCACUCACCAAGGGGAGAAGUACGUUCACGGCCUCCAGCACUGGUCGCAAAUCUGUGUUUAUGUCUUUCCCGUUUUUGAGCCAGAAAUGGUUUGUAUCUGUAUCCCCCACAUUUAUCCCUCCAGUGGUAUUGAGAGUGUUUUUUGUUUACCAUUUCACUUUUUUUUUUCAACUCACAUUUUGUCAAAGCUGUGACCUCAUACCUCCUCCAGCCAUCGCAGUUUAUUUUAAAAGAUAAUAAGAAGCAACUGUAUAAUCUUUCAUGGGAACAUGUGUGUUUUAGGCCAGCUCUGUUAGACGUUACACCCUUUUUAUAUCAUAUAUUGUAUUAAAUAUCACAUCACAAUAUCAUAUACUGAAUCACUUUUCCUAGAAGCUCUCAGACAGGAUCUAAACUGUCCCUCAAUUAUCGAUCUUUAAUAAAUUUAGUAAUAUAUUCAGCCUUUAAUUCUGACUUCAUUGUUUUCUUUUCUAUGUAAAUAACCUUUAGCAAUGCAUCCGCUGUCAGUACAAAUGUGAGUUGUCAUUGCAUACACAGAAUUAAUACAUCAUAUUAUUAAUAAUAUCAUAUUGUGGCCCAAGUAUUGUGAUAAUAUUGUAUCAUGGGGCCAUCAGUGAUUCCCACCCUUAAUCCCUACUUAUGGACUUAAGGUGCAACUAAGAAAAAACAAGUUUACUCAGGGUUUCCCCCACUGAUGAUUUCUAUUAUUAAUAUUUGAAGAGGCAGCCCAGCUUUAAAUGAAGUGUACUCUAGUACACUCAGGUUAGAGGUAGAACAGCAGGACAAAGUCUAGAAAUACAGUGAGUUGAGAGUUGGGAGUGGCAUGCCAGAAGUCCCAGUCCAAUGAAGUUCAACCACCAGGCCAAACAAUGGUCCUGCACUUCACUUUUAUGUCCUUAAAUCUGUUCACGUUUUCCCAAAAUCAAGACCCUCCAUGAGAUCUCAGAUGAAUCCAACAGACCUUGAAAUAGAAAGAAGGAUUUAAAACAUUCAAAAAGUCACAUUAAAUGAGAUAAAACAAAUUCUCAUGCGAAAAUAUAAAUUCAGUGAAGGAAACCUGGGCCUUUUCAAAUCUAGAUUGAAAACGUAUUUAUUUAUGCUGGCUUUUAUUACCCAGUAGCGGGGUGACACUUUAUUUUAUUUCAUUGUAUCUUACUCUUUUUUUAUUGCUUUUAUUGUUUUUAUUGUUUUUAUUUAUUCGUUUUUAUUUACUAUGUAUUGUAAAGCACUUUGGUUCACCGAAAGGGUUGUUUUAAAGGGCUGUAUAAAUAAAGAACAUUUACAAGAAAGUAUCACGCAUUGGUAGAAUUCAACUCUGUGGAACAAUCCUUUAUCUGCUUAAUUUGACUUUUCUUUUUCCUUUCUCUUUUUUAGGCAACGGUGUAGUGAUCCACCUACCAGGCCUGUUUGACGAGGCAGAAAAGAACCAACGCAAAGGAAAUGGUAAGGAACCCACAGCUGUGUGAGUGUACACACAGUAUUAGACAAGUCUUUAAUAUUAUGUUGGGAUUUGGAGUGUAAUUGUAUGUGUGUAUCUGUAGGUCUCAAAGACUGGGAUAAGAGGUUGAUCAUCUCAGACAGAGCACAUAUCGGUAAGUUUGAUUUUUUAAUUAUUUUUUUUCCAUGGAUGAAUGUUUGAAUGAAUGGACGCAAAAUAGUAUGUUUGAGCCCUGCUUUCUCUGAGGUGUGUGAGUGUGUGUGUCCCCUCUCUCCCUCCUCCACAGUGUUUGACUUCCACCAAGCAGUUGAUGACAUUCAGGAACAGCAGAGGCAAGAUCAAGCAGGCAAGAAGUAAGAAACCUGUCGCUUGAAAACAGCUGCUGCUACACACACACACACACACACACACACACAUAACACGUACACCCAUACUUGCACGUCCACAUUUUACCUCUGUCUGACAUCCACUAAGAGGUCAGAGGUCAAUCAGACAGGAAGCCACGAAGACUGGUUCGACUGGAAGGUUUCUACUUAAAGGCCUUUUUACUUUGAAACACUCUACAAAGGAGCCGAUGUUUAAUGCAGUCUAUAUUUAGUACACUUGUCAAUCAUUUCCAUCGACUGCAAAAACAAUACAGUUUGGUGUUGGUGCAUUUGGCCCUGUAAAUGCUCACCUGGGUUAGCCAAGCUGCACACCAUUGAUUUGUGCCCUGCAAAGGUAAAAACGAGGCUCUUAGGCUUGUAGAGUAGAGAGGAGGUGGCUUCAAUGGUGGAGGCAAAGCUUUUCCAACAGCAGCAGCAUUGGUGUAGCAGGGAUCAGUGUGAAGAAAGACAUGUUGAAAUGGACCGUCUUUUGUGAGAAUGGGCUGUGAUUGGUUUGUGAGUGACUGAUAGCAAUGAUUCACUCAGCAGCCUGUUGGCCUUAUUACAACCAGGGGUAGCAUGACUUCCAUGUCCUGCAUGAACUGAUGCCAAGCUUCAUUUAGCCAACGUAUCAAAACACCCAUUGUUUUUGUAAUCACAUGAAUAUCUACAUUCUUCCACAAUUUCAGCAUUGCUACUAAAAAGCAAUAUACUCAUUAAACCUCUAAGAUAAAUCAUUCUGAAGGCAUCCUAGAGGAAAACUUAUCCAACUUUUCGUUCAAGCAAAUUCAUCAAAUCGAGGCCUUUUUUUUCCCUCCAUCCCUCCACACUUUUCUUGUAACCCCUCUAAAGACCCUGAUGCACUGAUUGUGAACCACUGUGCUAAACUACCUGCAUACAUAUGACAUUAAGUAGUUCUUUGAAUGUCUGAAUUAUUCAUUUUAACAGAUUUUUUGAUAAUGUUUCUCCAUCGAGGAUCCAUGUCCUUAAAUAGGAACAAGUCUACAGUAGUUUCACUUUCUCACUUGUGCGUGUCUGUAGGCUGGUACUGAUGAUUAUAUAGUGUCCAUAAAGGUUAUCUGGCUUUUCCUUCUUUCACUUUGCAUGUAGGGUAAAUAAAACUUGCUGUACUAAACAUUCAAUAGACCGAGUUUGAACUCAUACGUAUUAUGUGUGUGUGUGUGUGUGUGUGUGUGUGUGUGUGUGUGUGUGUGUGUGUGUGUGUGUGUGUGUGUGUGUGUGUGUGUGUGUGUGUGUGUGUGUCAUGGGACAAUGGUUACUCAGUUACACUGAGUUUGAGCAGUUCCUCUCUUAUACUUUGGCUUGUAUGAAAAGUUCCAGAUGAUACGCAGUGUGAUGAUUUUUAGUGCGCUCUAACAUUUAUAAUACCCUGAAACAUGACCAAGCAUCAGCUCUGCUAUCUCCAGAUGAGAUGUGACUGUCCUUUGUUUGAUUACAUUAUAAAAAUGUAAUCAAAAAUGUAGCUCUUUGUUACUGGCAAUCUACUUUUAACGCCAAGUUUUACAUGACUGUGAUAUGAGUAAGAUGCCAGAUGAAAAGGCGGUCAGAGUUGACUGGCCUGAUGAACUUUGAACAUGUAAAAGUUAAGCUGUUGUCACACGCUAAUGCUGCUUCUGUUUUUCUCCUCUGUCUCUCCUCACCUGGCCUCACCCAGUCUCGGGACGACAAAGAAAGGGAUUGGACCUGUGUACUCCGCCAAAGCAGCACGCAGCGGUCUCAGGAUAUGUGACCUGUUGGCCGACUUCACCAAGUUCUCUGAAAGGUCUAUGAAACAUCUCUUUGGAGUUUAAGAGUUUUUCCCCCAUAUUGACCAGAAAACGAAGAUCUAAGGUGUCCAUCAAACAGAAAUCACACACCUGAAUUGAAAAAGUGCAAAAAACUAAAAAGUUCAAGUAAAGAUCCUGAUGAUAUGAAUAAUUAUCAGGCAUCAAAGUCCUUCCUAUCAGUUUAGGACACUCUGACACCAUUAUAAACCAUUGUAAAAAUAUUUUAUAACUUCCUCUAAGUCUUUGCAGACUUAACUUUUCUUCUGUUGCAAUGAAUGCAAGGUGAACGUGUCAACUCCACAAAGUUAUUCACAAAUAUGCACCUGCAUAAACUUGAAGUUUUUUGCCUCAGCACUUAACACAGUCUAAAUGUUAUUCCUGUGAUUGUUGCUGUUUCAUGGCUCUGGAACUACCAUGUUGAAGCUUCACUCAGAGAAAACAUAGAUUUAAAGACAGAGUUUGGUGUCAUCAGCCUUCAUUCUCACAUUUUAUAACUAAUAAUAAGCAGAAUAUUCACUUAGUCCAUGACUUUAAAAAUAGCUUUUUCCUCCGGUGGCCUGGUUUGCCUGAUUGUCAUGGUUCUUUAGUGAAAAGAAGGAUUUUCACUGGGGCUGUUUUGUUCCAGAGUUUGCUUCCUGAGGCUCCCUCUUGUCUGAGGCUGGUGGCUGAUAAAGGACAUUGAAUCCCUUAUGCACAUAAAAAAAAUCGAAAAAUGUGUUGCUGCUGAGCCUCUUUAUUUUUACAGUGUACUAAAGUGCAAAAUAACUUUGAACAUAGUCAUAUGAGCCUUGUUGCUGGAUUAAAUAACUGUGAGAGUACAUCAGACCAAGACUGAUCAUUGUUGCUCUUAACAGGUAUAAAGUGUUGGCCCAGCAGUACAAGUCUAUAUACCCGACCCUGGAGAUCGACAAAGAGGGAGAGCUGGUCAAAUUAAAGGUAAUGAGAUCAAACAGAAGGAUGUUUCUCAAACGUUAAAGUGGCCUCUUUGUGGUAACAGUUUGACUUUUAGGACUAUGUGGAGCGGAUCAAGCCCAUGGUGAGAGACGGGGUGCACUACAUGUACGAGGCCCUGCAUGGACCUCCUAAAAAGAUCCUGGUAGAAGGAGCCAACGCUGCACUGCUGGACAUAGACUUUGGUAAGUAGAUCGCUGUGUGUACAUGUGUGAGCAUGCAUUUGCAUAGCCAUUGAGCACUCCUUACUUUUAACUUGCUUGGUUGUGUAUAUUUCCCAACAGUCUCUUCAUUAAUCAAGUGUUUGUGCUCAAAUGUAACCUGAGAAUGAAUGUUGUUUCUAACUGCUAAGCACUGUUGAGUGCAUUUACAGUGACCCAGUGAAGUUUCCCUGAGAUACUUAAGAUUUGUGAUGCUCUUUACAAAAGCCUGCUCGGAGCUCAGACUAGAGACAACGGUAAGUUUACUAACUCCUAAGGUGCUCUGGCAUCCAGGCUUGAUGUGCACGCUCACAGUUGAACCACCUAAUGCCACCUGACUGUGCAUGAGCACCAUGGCAUCCUAUAUCAGCAGUAAGUCAGUCAGCUGACCAGAGAGAGAGUAAUCGUUGAACCCAGAAAUAGUCUUUGAAAGUUGAUGUUUUAAAAGAAUAAUAUCUUCACUUAUAGACACAACAGUCAUGCUUGUCUUGUAGAUAUGAUAGUAUGUUAUUGUAAUAAUGCAGACAAUGAUGUAUGGCUUUAAGUAGACUGAAUGACCUUCAUGGUUCGAUGUUGGUUAUUGACCAAACACUGUGUGCCAUUCUUGUGGUAUCAGGGCAUAGUGUCCUUCUCGCUGAUAGUGUAGGAAUACAAACACUCAAUCUGACCAGAUAUAUCUAUACUCAAUAAGGAAGGGUGGAACAUGCAUUAAGCCGUCACUUUAGACAAAUCAUUUAACAGUAACCUCAAACAUGAAAGGCGUCAGUAGCUGCGUUUCCAUUACAUUUUUUCGCAAAAUAAAAGCGAUGUUUAUCAAAUUUCGACAAAGUACAAUUGCGAUUUGCGGGUGUUUCCAUUGAAUGGUGUUCAGUGCAUAAGCGAGCCGUCUGCCUCUCGCGAGCCGUGUUUAAAUGGCCGUUGCCUAGCAACGAGGUAAACUUCCUGCCCGUGCGACCUCGUAUUCCUAAAGCCUUUUUGCACACCAACAUGGACGAGACACAAAACAUUUUGCGUUUUGGAGCAGCUAUUUCUGUGACCAUUACUGCUGUUGCCGCUGCUGUCAUCAGAAGACGAAGGCAGCGGGUGAUAAUUCAAAGGCAAAGCCCGUAUGUAUGGGAGCGGACACGGAUGAGCGAUUUCUGGGAGAGGAUCGUUAAUGAGGAAUUCACAGACGAAUUGUGGAUUCAAAACUUCAGAAAAAUACAAAUACAAUUCAAAACUUCAGAAAUAACUCCGUCUCCUCCCCCGUCCACAUAUACCGUGCCAUCUACGCUUGAAAUGAACUGGUCACUUGACCCGCUACGUCACGUCCGGUGACAGAGAAUUGCGAGAAAAGUGUUUCCAUUACACUUUUGCGAUAUACUUCUAUAUCGACACUUCUGAAAAACCACCUCAUGAGAGCGUAAAAACUCUUUAGCGAUAUUUGGGAGGUUUUUCGAAAUGUAGGUGUUUCCAUUACCAGUUUUCUAUUGCGAUAUUUACGUUUUGCGCAAAUCUAUGGGUAAUGGAAACGCAGCUAGUGAAAGGUGUCAGUGUGAAGUUAAAGAACACUUAAACAGGACACACUCUCCUGUUGGACACGCUCGCUGCUGUAGGCUCUCUUGUGCUUUAGUUACAUAACAGUCUCGCUGAACACUGGGACUAUUGGCAUGUGGGCAGCCUCCAGAGUUUUAGUGUUGAAACUUAAUCCCUUUUAAAUGCCAAGAAGUUGAAACACUGGUCUGAGGUGCACUAUCUUUUGAAUAUCUGAAGAAGAGCUGAUUUAUUGUUUCUUUUGGUCAUCACCUGAGGGAAAUCUUUGAGAAUGCUUUGUUUAAAAUGCACACCAGUACGACAGCUUGACUUAGCUGUAUUUGUUUUAAGAAAUAUUCGACAGACAAAAGGAUUCAUGAAGGCUGUUGGCCUCGAGCCAAACUCAGUCUCAGCUGGAUUUUUAGUGACCUUUUAUGAACUUAAGUGACCAUGCAGGUUUUUUCAAGGUAACAUGCUAUCAGGUGUAGUGUCUGGUGGUUAAAGGAAGAAGCAGCACGAGGUUGUUCAGAAGGUUUUGAUUUAGAUUAGUAUUAUCUAGACUUGAAUUCCCUCUGUUCUGGCUAUCUGCGAUUGAGGGUUACAGCUCACUUUUACUCUGUUUUUUUAAAUUUGGAUUGGAUCAACCUUGUCAAACAACAUCCUUUCAAACUUAAGUAUAUGUACUUUUCUUUAGAAGUGUUACUUUGAUGCAAGUUACUAUUUUUUUUAUCUUGCCUGAGUAAAGCCCUUUCAUUGGAUCAGCACAAUCAUGAUCUCAGGGUCAAAGUUAUCCCAACCCUACUUAGAAGUUUCAGAAUAUAAAUUCAAAAUUGCGUAACCUGAUCAUAUCCAAUUCAGUAAUCCCUUACACAUAUUUUCAAUAUUUGUCCCAUUCUCAUAGUUUUAUGCCAGUCAGUUUACCUUUGUACAACUAAGCUCCGGUUCUCAGCCUUAGACGUGAGGUGAUCAAGAGAGGUGUACACCCGAGUUCUACUGUAUGGUCAACAAGACAUCUGAUACUUUAUCCUCAUUUGGCUUCACACUAACCGAUCUAGCAGUUGGAGAUGCAGCUAAAGCUCUGCUGCACGGCUUAUAGAGGCAAUUAAAUUGGUUUUUAGAGCACUCUGAUUAGUGAAUACCUUUAUUUACCCAACUUGCAUCAAAAUAUAACUUUUCUGUGCCAAAACUAUGAAAACUCUGCUACACGUAAUUAAGAUUUAGUGUGAUUGACACUUGGAUUCUGUCUUGAAUCCAUCCUGAAACAUCCAAUAAAGUUCCUGUGAUUUGAGUGACAACAAACUUCAAUAGCUUGUUUUAGGAGAGUGACAUUUUUGAGUUUAUUUUGUAUUCAAGUAGUGAGUACAACCUAAACAAGAGCCAGCUGGAAUAUUUUGACUGGUGCUGAUUUUAUUCUAACGUCAGUGUCAGACUUUGAAAACAUUGUCCACUCUUCAUAUUCUUGCAGGAACAUAUCCAUUCGUGACGUCAUCCAACUGCACGGUGGGAGGAGUUUGUACAGGUCUUGGUAUGCCGCCCCAGAACGUUGGCGAGGUCUUUGGUGUUGUGAAAGCGUACACGACCAGAGUGGGCAUCGGAGCUUUCCCCUCAGAACAGAGCAAUGUAAGAGCUGACCUAGGCCGACACUCUCCUAACAAUAUAGAUUUACACCAAGUUACAGCAGCUGUCAUCAAAAUUAAUAUGUUUGCAAUGGAUGCAGGGCUUUACAUGUCAUGAAAACUUUAGAGGAGGGUCAGUAAAAGUAGCUUAUUUUCCAACAGCACCCCCUUCAGGGCAAUAACACACACUGCCACCACUGACCACCUGUAAUUAACUUACUGUCAUGAUCAUCUGGUAAACUUUAGGAGAUUGGAGAGCUCCUUCAGACUCGGGGGAAGGAGGUGGGAGUGACCACAGGCAGGAAGAGGCGAUGUGGCUGGCUGGAUCUGGUGCUUAUUAAAUAUGCACACAUGAUAAACGGCUUCACAGCGUGAGUUCACCUUGAUUCAUAGGUUUCAACUUCUCUGAACUUGUCAUUUUUACAAGACUGUGAGAAAAAAGAUUUUGUUCACUUAUUUAUUCAAUAUUUAUGUAUGUAUUUUUUUUAUAAUAUGAUAUUAUGUUAUAUUUAUUUUUAUUUACUUUCCAGAAAGGAACUGUCUGAGUCAACUUUUUCAUAACCUUUGUGUCCUCUAUGUCUUGUCUCAGUUUAGCGCUUACCAAACUGGACAUACUUGACGUGUUGGCAGAGAUUAAAGUGGGAGUAGCAUACAAAGUCAACAACCAAACUAUACCUCACUUUCCAGGUGAGCCGACACAGACAUUUAAAGUUGAAUUUAAAUGCCAAGAAUCAGGAGCAAAGUCUCGGUGUACUGUAGUGUCAGGCCAGACUGAUCAGAGCUAAAUAUCGCAUCUGCUCCCAGGCUCGCUUCACCUUCACCUAUUUAUAGUGAAAUCCAUUUUAAGAUGCAGACAUUGAUUGCAGUCCCUGAAAAGCAACAUGAUGUUAUAUUGCCCGCUUCCCGCAAUACCCAGUCUCCUUUGUCUUAUUGAUUUUGUGACAGCCAAUCAGGAGGUACUGCAGCGUGUGGAAGUCCAGUAUGAGACACUGCCGGGAUGGAAGAGUGACACUUCAGCCGCGAGGAGUUUUGAGGAGCUGCCUGAGAAUGCUCAGAAAUAUGUUCGUUACGUCGAGGAGCAUGUGGGAGUGCCUGGUAUGACCCCUAUGUGAACACAGUGAUUGAUAUGAAGUUAACGUUUAGAUGACAGGACCACAGUUUGAACACUCUCUAACAAAAUUUGAUGGUUUGUAAAUCAUUUAAAGCUUUUAUCUAUCUGAAAACAGCUCAGUCAAAUGUAGAAAUUAAAAAAAAUUGUAUUAAGGAUAUUUUCAUUUUAUAUUGAUGCCAGCAACAUAUUUCAAAAAAGUAAUCACGGGUACAGCAAAACAUUAAUCAGGUUUUCUAAUGCGUUUAUGUGUGACCUGCAAAGGCCACUAACUUCUGUGGGUUCAGGCCAUAAAAGAUGAAUUUUCGAUGGUCUGAUGAAACACAAAUAUCCAUCCACCUUCUACUUAAACAUGUCUUUGUUUCUUCAGUCAAAUGGAUCGGUGUGGGAAAGUCUCGGGAGUCCAUGAUCCAGCUCUUCUAGACGAUGGCAGGUGCAGCAAAGAAGAUGCACCACAGCGAAUCAACUGUACCCUUCGUACCCUCCCCAUCACACACACAGCCGACCUACCUGUCUGAUGUGUCUGUCCGAGACAUGACCGCCAUAACUGUUUUCAUGCUGAACUGUCAUAUCAUCAGACUGUCCCGUGUUACAGAACGGACCUCUAUGGAUCAGACUCACAUCAGACUGACCUCCCUAUAUGAAUGUUUCUCAGCAUCUGGGUUGGAUUUUUAAUAGUUUUAAACUGCAGAUAUCAGCUUCAAGAUCAACCGCUUCUCAAAUUGGUUCCUGUUUUUAUUAUAGCCAUUUGUCAGAGACACGCAGGGCAGCACACUGCUGUCAGGUUUGAGAGGGGACUUGAGGAAAUGGACUCAACAUAACCAGAUUAACACACAGGGUCGUUGCCAACAGGAGCUGUCCACGGAUGUAAACUUUGGUCAUGUGUAAUUUUUGUCAAUCUUUUCUGUGUUUUAAAUGCGCUGUUUCAGUCUGGUGUUAAAUCAAUUUUAAAAAAAAAACGUUGAACCUCUGCACUUUAGAUGCUUUGGACUGUAUCUGUUUUAUGUUUUGUUUGGACAGGUUUACAUCACAUCCUGACAUGAUAAAGGGAUACUUUAAUACUUUUUAUGUGCCUUUUUUUGUUUUGUCGUUUUAGGAGUUUAAGAUUAUUAUAUCACCUUCGAGUUAAUCAAGAGAAUAACUGUUUAAAGUUUGUGUAAAUUGUGACUGCUCCCAACAAAUUCUGCUGAUGUGAUAUGGGUGCUCCCCUUCCUGUAAGUGUGAGGACUUCAAUUAGCAGGUAAGUGUUUUUCACCAGAGGAUCUGGUCAAGCUUAUGAAAAUAAAUUCAGAAGGCCUGCAUAUAACAACUCUACACAAAAA